AUGAAAGGGUGGUUAAAACUCGUGCGCGGGAAGGACCAACCAAAUAUGAAAGUAUUUUGCUCUGCAACCAACAAGCGAUUUGUUAUUGCAAGCAAUGAAAGUUCAGAAGAAGUCUGUAAAAUUUGCCAAGAUAUUCAUCUUUCUCAUAUAAUAAACGCUGUCAUGAUAGAUUCUACAUAUUUUAAAGUAGUUUGUGAAAAGAACCACACAUAUACAUUUAAAGCAGAUCGAGCAGAUAUUGCAGAAAAAUGGAUUGUUGCGUUACUUCAAGAUCAGCCUACCCAGAAGAUCUCUUUUGAUGAUUUUACUAUUAUUAAAACUAUUGGACGUGGAUUUUCUGGUGAAGUUCUUUUAGCAAUGAAAAAAUCUGAUGAUCAACUUUACGCGAUCAAGGUAUUACAUAAAUCAGCCAAUUGCGAGCGGGCCAUUACAGAGCGUAAUGUUCUUAUCCGUGCAAAAAGUCCAUUUAUUGUCAAGCUUUACUAUGCAUUUCAAUCAACUUCGAAAUUUUAUUUAGUUCUUGAUUAUAUAAGCACAGGUGACCUUGCCACUCUCAUACACAAAUCACUACAGAACAUACCCGUAGAGCUUUCACAGAUCAUUAUUGGUGAAAUUGCGUUGGCUCUUGAACAUCUUCAUAGUUUAGGCAUUGUCUACCGCGAUCUCAAGCCAGAGAAUGUCCUUAUCACAUCCCAAGGCCAUAUCAAGCUCACAGAUUUCGGAAUUUCAAGAGAUCUCGGAGAUGGAGAAUUGACAAAGACAUUAUGUGGUUCUUAUAGCUACGUAGCACCAGAAAUGAUUAUGGGUAAAUGCUAUGAUACAACCAUCGAUUGGUGGAGCCUCGGAGUCAUUGCUUACCAGUUAUUUUAUAAUAAACUUCCUUUCAAAGGAGAGAACGAGAAACUUCUUUUCGAUUCGAUCAUAAAUGAUGAACCAAAGCUUCCUUUCAUACAACAGGGCCUUCAGGAGUUUGUAUCCGCGUUAUUGACAAAAGAUCCAAAGAAAAGACUUACUGAUGUCUUCGCACAUCCUUUCAUGGCCAAUGUGACAAGAAAGUCUAUAAUGGAUAACAUAAACGAAACAAUUUUCAAACCAGAAAAUUUCUGGGACAAUAACGCGAUUGACAGCCAUACUGUUAAUCAGGUCCAUUAUCCGAACUUCUCUUUCUCUUAUGAGGAAAACGAACAGAGCUUUUUCAGCAAUGAGUUCUAA